AUUUACAGAGACCAGCACUACCUCAAAGAGGAGACUAGAAAAUAUAUUAAUCAUUAGACCACAGAGGUUGCGUCUAGGAUUCAAAGAGAUUCUUAGAUUCCUACAGCUGUCAGUUUAACUACUCAGAAGAUAGCUUGUUCCUAGAGCAGAACAGUCGCUUUCCAACAAAGCCUUGAUCAUCGUCAUAUUUGCUGGCAAAUAACCGCUCACUAGGACAUACUGAAGAAGCUAAGUCAGUUGUCCAUCUUUAGCGCUAAAUAUCAGAUUACCAACCCGGAAAAGCAAGAUGAAGUGGUCCAUUGAGAUCAUUCCGCGAAACGCAGAAGGGGAGGAGUUAUACUUGAGAAGCCUCAAACCCUUUCGCCUCGCCUCCCUGCAGCUUGAGCCAAAAGCUUUUUCCUCUACAUUCGAACGCGAGUCUGCAUUUGGCGACUCUGAGUGGCUGGCGCGUUUGCACAACCCAGCCGUUACCGCUUUUAUAGCCCGCCGCGAUGAUACCGACGCAGCCGAGAGUGCGCAGUUGAAAGUCCUCUCCUCCUUGAUACUACUUAGAGUCGUCCAGGGGGAAGGUGACGUCGACAACAUUGCGCUCUGGGAAGUGAAUGCCGUCUUCACUCUGCCGGAUGCUAGACGUAAGGGCAUUGCUACCGAAUUGCUCAAGGAGGCGAUGUGCUGGGCUCGGAAAUCAGCCGAAGCAGAGGGGCGGCUGUGUGUUCUGGCUGUGCGCGUGUACAUGGCCAACACGACUGCCGCGGCUCUUUAUCGAGCGGUUGGCUUUGUGGAUGUGGAUAUGGUGGAUGGUGAGGAGACGUUGCGGCUGGAGUGGAAAGGAGGCCUGGGUUGAGCGCAGAAAAAUGUAUCGGGCUAUGGGUUUGUUAUGAGUAUUGCCAAAAGAUCUGGCGCUGAGACUUUCGUGAUGAUCAAUAAGCUACGUCAAAGUCUUUACUAUUCAUGAAGCUGAGAACUCAAGUAAAGAUACAGGGCAGCCCAGAAAUGAAGCUGUUCCAAAAAGAGCCUUUUUGGAAGCAGUAAACCUCAUCCCUGAGCGGGUAGUUGAGUC